CUCGUGGCCACACCCAAAGCGGGGCCGCCUUAACACGUUGGACCAGUGAUGCCUUCCAGAAGGUGUGUCCCGCCUUUCUGAAGCCGAACCGUGCUUUCACCUCCUCCUUCCCCUCCUCGUCCCCGCCUGCCGCCAGGGUGUUGUCACCUCGCCCAGUGCUCGGAACAAAACCCAGCAAAGACAGUAGCGGUAGCAAGUCUCUCUAUCUCUCCCCCCUCUCUCUCUCUCUCUCUCUCUCCUUCACGAGGAGACACUUUAAGUUUUCGCCUCUUGGAUUCGGUCGAAUAAUUGCGCUACUAUUUGGGAACCUCGCCACGGUCGACCCGGAAUAUACACGCCUGCAACCGGUUCGGAUUGUGUGACCGAGUCUUUGGGGGUUCUGCUGCGACCAUGGGGGACGUGGUUUCCUCUCACCUGGAUGAAGGCAAGCGGGAGAUGAUUACAGUGAAGACGGGAGAUGUGAUGAGACAGUUCAGCGACGUGUAUAAGCAGCAGUAUGCCGUCGCUCUCUUCAACAGCAUCCGCUACGAGAUCGAAGGAGGUGGCGGGCCACAAUCGCAGUUGCUACACCGGAAGGAUCCUUUGGCUGGCCGUUCGAUUUUUUCAGGGAAUUUGUUCCAGUACCUCGAGGAGAAUCGCAAGUGGAGAAAUCGCUUCGUAUCGGUGCCAAACAACUACACCAUCAACCUCUAUGAGAGCAAAUCAGCACAUGAGCGGACUCUGCAUCCCAAAGUAACCAUCAACUGUGCCGGCUACAAGGCCCUCACAUCUAUUGAAGAUUACAUGGAACUGAUUAACACUAGCCUUCCAGAUGUCAAAGCCAAAUCGAGCAGCAAUCCUUUUAUCAGAUGUGCAACGCCGUUCCCACUCAUCCUGUGGCACCCGUACGCCCGCCAUCAUUACUUCUGUGUGAUGACCGAGAAGGAGCAACAGAAGUGGCACGCCGUCUUGCAAGACUGCGUCCGGCACUGUAACAACGGUCUGCCGGAGGACUGCACUGUUCAGACGCCGGCCUUCACUGACACUGUGAGACUACAUAGACAAGCGAAAGGCCACUAUGGGACCUGGGACAUGAUGUGUGGAACGCCUUCACAGAUCCUGGCAAAUCUAGUGAUGGAGAGUCUCCAUCCUGAAGUGAGAAACGCAAUUGGUCCUCGUUUGAAAGGGAAGAUGCAGCAAAGGCAGAGAGAUUGGAUGUUUGUGAGUUCUCGUCAGAUUGUUCCAGCACAGCGGAAGAGUGAGAAUAUUGUAAUGCUUAUUAUUGGGACUGCUUCUUUGUGAGAUUUAUUGCAGAAAAUCAGCCUGUGAUUCGGACAUGUUUUAAUGAAAAAAAACAACAACAAAAAAAAAAAAAAACUGGUGUUACCCAAAGCUGAGUCUCUCCUGAAGCGGAGCGUCCAACCUUACAUCAACUCCAUCUUAGAGGCUCUCAUGGAGCCCAUCAGCCGAGGUUUCGCUGAGGUCAGGGAUGUUUUCUUCCGGGAGGUGGUGGACAUCAGCAAGAACCUGUUAAAUGGAGGAGACAAAGAAAAACUGGCCGAGCACCUGGAGAAGCUCUCCAUGCUGGCUUUCCAUCCAGUCAAAAUGAAGAGUUGCUAUGAUAAUGUGGAGGAGCUCAACCUGGAGGGACUGCAGCAAAGGUUCGACGUCUCGAGCCCUUCGGUAUUUGUCAGCAGGGCUCAGAUCCUCAUGAGGGAGCAAAUGGACAAUGCAGUACACACAUUUGAGCAGCUGCUGCAGCAGUCGUUAGCUGCCCAAGGAGAAAAUGACAUGUGUAAAAUCAUCCAAGGGUGCCAGGAUAGGGUUCUCAAGAAGUACGAUUACGACAGCAGCACGGUACGCAAGAAGUUCUUCAGAGAGGCUCUGCUGCAGAUCAUCAUCCCCUACAUGCUGCAGCAGCUCGCGCCGUCCUGCUCCACCGAGCUGCCGCGUUUUAAAGAGCUCAUCUUUGAGGAUUUCUCCCCUUUCCUUCUUGUGGAAAAUAUGUUUGAGGAGGUGGUGCUGCAGUCUGUCACAAAGGACAUCAUGAUGGCUGUGAAGGAGGCUGCCGUCCAGAGGAGGCACAAUCUCUACAGGGACAGUAUUGUCAUGACCAACAGUGACCCCGACCUCCAAGCGCUUGGCGAAAGUCUUCCGGUGGACUGGGCCACCAAAUUCGGCAACGGUCAACCCGAAGGUGGUAGCGGCGAUGCCGACGGAGGUUCUGGGAAAAAACGCAAGCAGGUGGUGUCCAUGAUCCAGCUCGAAGGAGUACCCUUGCCCUACGAGUCGUGUUUGGAAGUUCCGGGGGUCGAGCUUAUCCCCGAAGAACACGCCGCGGCGUCCGAUGACACGGAGGAGCAGGCUGAGGCCGAUGCGUGCGGGGGGCCGAAAUCCCCAGAUAGCGUGGACGAAAUCAGAGAUCUGAUCAAUCCGGUGAAGGAAGUGGUGCUGCCAGAUGAAAUCGAGAGCGACAUGUCCAACGGGACGGUGCCGACACCGAGCGGCAUCCCGCUGGGGGAUGGAGCGCAGGAGGAGGUGAGCCACGUCACCACAUUGGUGGAGGAUGUCCCCUUGAAGUCUCCGCAAGAGAAGAGAUCACCACAGUCAAUCCUCCAGCAGUUGGUGGGAAACAAGGAACAGGAAGACGAGAAGGAGGAAGCGGCGAUUAAGAGUGCUAUUGAGGAAAUCGAGUUAGCAGUACAGGAAGGUGAGCGCGAACAAACUGCGGAGGUUUCCGCCACGAAAUCCGAUUCGUCGCAGCAGCCGGCGUUGGCGAAGGACUCCGCUCCACACGAAGAGCCUCAGCCUGUCAAAAAGAGCCUGAACGGCGACGACAGUAUCAUUGACCCUGUAGAAGUGGAAGUGGUUGUCGCGUAGGAUGACCGCCAUCCCAAACGCUCGUUCUGUGAGAGGUGGAAGUGCAUUCUGCCGGGACUUGCUUCGUAUCGUUUCUUUGUUGAUGUUGCACACCUCAAAGACCAAUGUUCUCAUCCGCGGCUUGACUUCUCUGAGAUAUUGUUCUUGGUGAUUGGUUCUUACGUAUAAUCCCCACGCAGGCUUCCUUCAUAUUUUGUGAAUGACACUGAAUGCAUCACGUUUUUGUUUUUUGUUUUUUUUUUUGGGGGGGGGCGUAAAUAACAAUCUGAACGCUGCUGAUCAUAUUCAGCACCAAAAAAAAAAUACCCUUGUGGUCAAAUGGGAUAUUCUCUAAAACCUUGACAAGAGGUGUCAGCCAAUUUUGCAAUAAUGUGUUUACGGUAGUGCGCCGUUCUUGGCAGCAGGGGGCGCUACAGUAUAUCCCUCAUUUUAACAACGACAGUUUUUCAAAUCAUAUCUAUUUUUGUAAGUGUUUUCUGUAUUUAUAAUGUAGACUUGAUGCGUGUUUUAAGCGAUUGCGUUCAAAGGUAUUGGCUUCAAUGUAUGGGAGUUUUAAAACCUAUAAUCUUAGUAGACUACAUAUACACAAACGUUCUUGGCUUUUCUAUUUUUCUCCAGCUUCACUGUAAAUACAUUGGAUCAAACGUUACGGGUGUCUAGUUAAGCACAUUUUCUUUUUUUUCUCAUUCAUUGGGCUCAGAGGUUCCGUUUGCUCAGCUCAAAUUGGCCUUGUGAACCAUAAAUGUUUGAGGGUUUGUUUUUUUUUGUUUUGUUUUGUUUUUUUACCUGUUCAUCACAUAGAGGUUGGGAUAAGAAACCAAACGAGUCACAAUUUGUUAAUUACUCACUGGAGAGAAAAAAAAGCUUUUUGAAUUAUUCGUUUAGAGACUUUGAGAAAUAAUGACACACUAACAUGAAACACGGUUAGUCUCUACACUUUUUGCACUCGCAAUACAAUUCAAACAUUCUUUAAAUAAAGUAUGCGAUCUGUUUUAUCUUGGAUGCUGAGAAGAGAGCUGCAAAUCCUUCUCUCUUUUUUAAAAACAUUUUUAAUAGCUUAAGCUUGUAAAAUCACCUCUUGCAUCUUGAAACAUUUGUCUGGAUACCUUUGGUGCAAGAAUUUAAAUUGUGAAACUAUACAUUGCUUUCAAUGGAGGGGCGCGGACACCUCUCCUUUAUUUAUUCCUGUACCCAUGUGGUUGUGCUUUUCCAGAUCUCGGUCUGGAAAAGCUAUGUUUUUGUCAUCUUGAAAUAUGUACAAACAUUUAUUGUUGAAUAAAGUUAUUUCCUGAACUAUG